CUUUUUUUCUUUUCGUUUUUCCAAGUUACUUAGGGUACAGAGAAAAAGCCAAUACUUGUAUUAUGUGUUAUUUUCAAAAUCAAAGACUUGAUUUACCACAAAUACAGCUGCAUUUUAUCGGUAUCCAACUUUAAGUAUGACGAAAUACUGAAGAAACAGGUUGUUCAACUUGAACUAUGCGCGUAGUUAACUCUCCAAACCAGACGCUGUUGAGGGUGCAAAAUCGGCCAAGCUCUCUAAACCAAGCUUGUCUCUUGUCAAACUACGUUUACACAGUACAUUUUCGUCGCGGUCCGCUGCUGAAUUUGACCCUGUUUCAAAGCAAAAGGUGCUGUAAGUAAGUGUUAUGUAAGUCCUUAAUAAAUCUAUUAACGAUAGAUGUAAUAAUAAUAAAUGGAGUGAUGUUAAUCGUAUAAUUAUCCAAAGAACAUUUUUCAUUUAUUUCACUGUAUUCUAAUAGUCAGAAGUAGACAGAGCGUAAAGUUUAGUUUAGUGAUCUGAAGAGUAUUGUUGGGCCUAAAGUGACCACUACUGACAGAAUAUUCAAGCAUUCUAGCCUUGUACAACACGCGACCCACAGCGUCCACUGUCUGAAUAUACUAAGCUAGAAAUCUUAUGAAGUUUUGUCUCAGAUGUGUUACAGAAUGAUUAGAACAAAGAAGUUGUUGUUAGUGUUACUUUGUGGACUGGUCACUUUAGUGGUCAUCCAGUGGAGCCUGGACAGGUUGUUUUCCGAGGAUCGAUCCUCGACAUUGGAUAAUAAAGGAAAAUUAGAAGAAAUAAAAAAAUAUGUAUUUCAACAAAACAGCUAUGAUUACCCAACAAGUGGUCUGUCUGAACUCUGGCAUGCCGAAAACACGAAGAAGAAAAAGAAGAUUGGAAAGUUCGUAAAUUUUCUGCCUACGAACACAAAAAUUUCACCUCCUAAUAAUCGAACUUUUAUCAAACAGAAAACGCUAUCGGAGUCAAAGAAGAACAUCAAACAAGUUUAUAAUAAUACGAAACAAAAUAAGUCCUUUUAUCCUCUUACAAGAAAGAAAACUGGCUUCAAAAUUUCACCAACUGGGAUGACCAUAAAAAUAGCAGAAUCAGAACCAGUAAUUAGACACAGCACAUCGCGUGAUGUACCAAGUAAUCAGACACUUUCGAUGGUAAAACCCGUCCACAAUCAAAAACUUAAAAGAAAAGAAUCCAUACCUAAAGAAUUCACCCCGGAUACAUUCAAGUCAGCAAGUACACUUUCUUUACCAUCUAACAAGAAAACAACAUUAGGACUAAACCAAACUUCUAUUAAUAACAAAUUAUCUGAUAAAAAACAUGGGAAAAAAAUCCUAAUUGCUACGUAUUUCCGGUCAGGAUCUACCUUCUUGGGUGACAUUCUUCAGCAAAACCCAAAGACUUUCUAUCAUUUUGAGCCUUUGCAUUAUAUGACGUAUGGGGAACGCAUCUCUAGUGAUAAAGAACACGAAGCUUUAGAGCAAAUAAAAAAGCUCUUUAACUGUGAUUUUUCCAAAAAAUAUUUAGACUGGGUAAUAAAACAAAAAAACCAAUUUCUGUUCCGAAGGAACCAGUAUCUAUGGUCGUCUUGUCGAGUUCGGUCUACUGCCUGUUUCUUUCAGAACUUUGUGGAAUCAGUCUGCAAAAGGUCUCGGAUUCAAGUGAUGAAAGUGACACGACUGUCCAUGCAACAAAUAAAACAUUUUGUUCAAAAUAAUCCCGACCUACAAGUUCAAGUUGUUUAUCUCGUGCGUGAUCCUCGUGGGAUAUUUAACUCUAGAAAUACUCUGAAUUGGUGUCAGAAUUCCAGCUGUUCAAACUAUACACAGCUCUGUCGAGAAAUGGCUCAAGAUGUCCAGGUGUUUGAAGCACUUCAUCAGGAGCAACCUCACAAAUUCACUCUUAUUCGGUACGAAGAUCUCGCACUGAACCCCGAGAAAAAAACUAAGAAUAUUUUCCAGAAUUUAGGCCUCUCCUACCUAAAGAGUACGGGGAGGUUUCUGGAAUAUCAUACCCACACAAACAAGAUAGAAACAGAUGCUUAUUCUACUAGAAGAAAUUCUUCCAGUACUGCAUUUCAGUGGCUUCAUCGUCUCAAUUCUACACAGAUCCAACACAUUGAAGAAUCUUGUGUUGACGUAUUUAAUCAUCUAGGAUACAGCACCAUGUAUUAUCCUCAGAAGCUGAAACUACUGAACGAUUCUUCUCCUCUUCAGCAGCUUAGUUUUCACUGAAAUAACCUAACCUGAAUCACGUGGUUAAAACAGAACAAAGAGAGGCAUCUUUCUUCAGUGGUUAUUUUUUUAACUACUACUUUCACCUGGUGUCUUCCUUGUCAAAGACUGUAUACUUAACCACUCUUUUCUCCUUGUUUAACCACUCCUUUCUUCUAGAGACAUCCUCAUUACUGAUUAUUUGUCGUAUCAGUUUUUUUUCCCUUUAUAUCUAAUAUCUCAGGAAUUCAUAAGGAUAAAUUCUGGGCUUUAGAAUCAAUAUCGGUAUCCAUUCUCAGCCUUAAGGAAUCCACCUAAGAUUCUCCAGUUUAUAUUCCUAGCAUUAAAGGCCUAAAUGCAUGUUUCAUAUGUACAGUUUGUGUGUGUGUUUCACGAUUAAAACAUGUCUAAAAAUAGGUAUCUCAUAUCUGAUUUAUUUAUACAUGCAUAUAUACAUAUACUUGUAUAGUUUCUCUUUAUUAAUAUAUAUCUUCUUCAUGUGUGAAUAUUGGUUAAAAACAAGCAAAAAUGUUCAAUUUUUUUUCAUCAGUGUACUGAAAUGAAAGUUUCGCUGUUUAAACCCUUUUUGAAUUUAUGUAAAUUAUAAAAAAUACGACAUUAAAAUAAAGAGUUAAAGGAAAGUCAUUUACGAUAAGUAGAUGUAUUGUUUCAAGUUACAGUUAGCAGAAGUAUUGUCUUAAGUUUCAAAUGCGAUAGAGAUUUACAGUAAUUUUUAUACAACAUUUCAAUGUUUUACACGUGUCCCUUAAAGCAUAUAGAACAUUGCAAUGUGUUACACAUGUUUGUAAUUUAUGUAAAACGUUUCUGUACGUUGCGUGUGUUUAUGUAUAUCUAGAAUAUGUCUAUGGGUUACACACGUGUGUAAGGUAUAAUGUAGAAUAAUUCUGUGUUACACAUGUGUAAGGUGUAUACAAUGUUUUCGUGUUACACAUUACGUUAAAGUAUAUAGAUCAUUUCAGUUCGAUCCAUAUAUUGGUUGUAUCGACUAUUACAUUUUCCAUGUGGUUUAUAUAUAUAAAUAUAAUUUUUUCUGUUUCAUCUAAGAGAAAAAAGACGGUCGAAUUUUACAUAGUUGGUUAACCAUUUCUAUAAUAGCUUUUGACCACAAAUAUCUUAAUCAAAGAAGCUACUGGUAUUUGA